AUGGAGUGCUCGCUCCCUAUGGAUGGCAGAAGGGUUUCCCUGACCCAGCUCUCGAAGGACAGUUUUCGUGAAUGCCAGGCCACCCUGACUCUAACAGACCUGCUCAUCAUUAUUUUCUCCGGCAUCUCCGUGUCUGUCGUGGCCAUCAUGACCAGCUUCUUCCUGGCUUCUACUGUUCAUUGCUUCCAGCGCUGGAGUAAAGGUACCAAGGGGGACGAAGAGGAGAGCGAGGAGUGA